CCCACCAUGGACGCCGCUCCCAAUCUCCGUCGAUAGCUCCGAUGCUCCGCCGUGAACGGCCGCGGAAGCUUCGCGCCGCCGCAGCCGCUUUGAUAACCGACCCGGACGAUUUCGAGGUCGGAAGGUUCGUUGGGAGCUACGGGUUCAUGAACAUCACGAGCUACUCAUCAUUUCGAUCGGGAGGAUUCUUGAAUAGCGGUGCAUUGCAAGAACUCGUUCCUGGGUAUUCUCCGGAAGAGAUUGAGCGUCUACGGGUCCAGGAUGUUGGAGAGGGACAAGUGAAGAUCAGGCUUUAUGAGGGAAGAGUAGUCCAGGGUCCGCUUAAAGGAACACGAGUUAUAUUUAAGGUAUAUCCGGGACAACGUGCUGGUGGUACUGAAGCUGAUAUGAUGGCAGCCAACGAGCUAAGUGCUCAUGCUUCUCUUCAAAGUGACUCCAAGAACAUUUGUCAGAAUAUCCAAUUUCUGUUAGGAGCUUUUGAGACAAAAACAGGGGAGCAGUGGCUUAUUUUUCGCAAUGAUGGAAAGUAUAGUGCCGCAGACUACGCUAAGAUAGCAAGUGAAGAUGUUUCGAAGGACCUUUUGCAAAAAGACCAGAAAUUCUGGAAUCCAUUUGAUAAGGGGCAAAAAGUAAAACGCAGAAGAUUUUUUGUUCUCAAACUGCUUAAUGGUGCUAUGAACGGCCUUGCCUACUUGCAUGACCAUGAUAGACUACACCAGAGUCUCGGCCCUUCUUCUGUUGUUCUCAAUACGGUAGUGGAGAAAGACGCAACUUAUCUCAUUCCACGACUCCGUGACUUGGCAUUUUCAGUUGAUAUUGGGCUUUCUUCUAUAGGAAAAGGAGCAUUGUCGGAAGGACUAUGGCGACGGGCUUCGGCUGCUGGGGCCUUCACUCCGUUGGAAAAGCGAGCUUUUGGGAUAGCUGAUGACAUAUAUGAAGCAGGGCUUCUUUUUGCUUACUUAGCAUUUGUUCCAUUUUGUGAAAUGGGCAUCAUGGAUAGCAUUUCUUUGCAAAGGCUUCUUGAGAGCACUUUUCAGCUUGAUCUUGAUGCUGCAAGAGAAUAUUGCCUAGCUGAUGACCGUUUAGUUGAAGCUGUCAAUUUUCUGGAUCUAGGUGAUGGUGCCGGUUGGGAAUUGCUUAAGGCAAUGUUGAACCCUGAUUACCGUCAACGCCCGAUUGCCGAGGCAGUACUGAACCAUCGGUUUAUGACAGGAGCUGUUCUAUGAGAUCUGUUUAAUACAAACAUAAAGAAAUCGAACUUGCUUUUCAACUGGGAGCUACAAAUCUUCCAGCAGUUCUAACACCAAGGUAUGAAUCAGUAGCUCUCAGAAUGUGCUGUAAUUAGAAAUACAUCUUGUCAUCACUAAAAAUUACCCAUUAUGGGGUUUUUGAUCCUAAUUGUGCUAUUACAAACUUCAUAUGGUCUCGUAAACCUAUUUUCAACAGAUUUUCUUUUUCCCUGAAAUUGUAGUUGCAAGAUGAAGUAGACCUUC